UUGUUGUCGACACUGCGGCUGACGCCGAGAGUCAGUUCAAAAUAAUAACACGCUGCAAAUCGUUUACGAACGAAUUUUUUUAUUUUUGUUUUUUGCGGCAAUCCACAUUUGCGUUAUUCGGUUUGAUCAAUUUUAAGUAGUGUUAAAAAUAAUGCAAUAACCGUAGAGACUGACGAAAAGUGCGCGGAAUGUGAUUCGGUGAAUGUGAUAUAAACAUCCCUUCGUUUAGGCCUUAUCAUCGAUAUUUUCCGUAAGUUAUUUUCAUAGUUGCAAUUAUAAUUCCAUGCGAAUUAGAUAUACAGCAUGGAUGGAACUAAUCAUAGGCAGAUAAAACAUGCACCGGUGAUUUGCUGCUUCAAAAAUAAUUAAUGAAUAGUCCGAUGCGUUGCUAAAAAAUCAUGGACACCGAACCUCCCCCACCGAUCGUUCCGCAUUCAGUUGACGCGGACAGCAGUUUGCUGCUGCCCGAUGUCAUUACGUCGACUAACGCACCAGAUGUCGAUAAAGGUUUGGUUGUUGACGACGAAACCGACGCCGAUACAACGAUACACGGUUUCAAUUCUUCCAACAUAACGGUCAUCGAGAGGCAACAACUGGACGUCCUAGACCGUGACAAUAAACCCCCGUGCGAGGGUAGUGACAGUGGCGUGGAAGUGAUCGAAACGAUCGAGUAUCGCAGAGCGCUUAGCGUUCUGUCUCACGACGGCGAGAUUCUCAAUGGCGCACGAUCGUGCGACUCGUCAAUAGUUAGUUACUGUUCCAAUUACGAAGAGGCCUACAAUAUACUAGUGCGAAAAAACUCUACGUUAUUAGAGGAUUACACUUUACGAAACGGGGACGUCACCAGCGAGAACGGAAGCGAAAGUUCGUCGGUGAGCGGAUCCCAAACGCGUUGCACCAGAAGGAGUAAUUUAGCCGCUACCAAAAAGAAGCAGCCUUCUUCCUCGGAACCCAAGAGCAAAUCUACCGUAUCGUCUAAAGAGCGUUCGCGAUCGAAACCUCCGAUCACUCCAGCUUCCGACUCGGCGUCGCGUCUCAGGUCAGCGGACAGAUUGCAAUCCAGAAACUGCCCUAAAACUUCCUCUGCUAAUAAUAGGACGCGACCUACUCCUGCCAAUUUAGAUUUAAACAAAAGGGACCUUAAAAGAUCGCUAUCUGUUCGCGCCACCUGCGUGAACCCUCCGACCCGAACAUCCCAAACUACUCCUUCGGAUGACGGACGGUGGCCUUCGGUUAAUAGUAAACCGGCACCAUUGAUGACGCGAUCUCUUCGGGGUCCGGUAGACGGCAAGCAGAAGCUUACCCAAAUGGAGAGCAAAACCAUAGAAAAGUACGCCACCUUACCUCGCCGGAGGAAAGAGAAAUCUCUCGAAAACCCCAAAGAUGGAAAGAAAUCGUCCAACAAGGAGCCGAGUUUAAACGCCACGGUUUUAAGAAAAAGCUCACGAGAAAAUACUCCAUCCAAAAUGUUUAGCUCACUGUACGUAACGAAACCGAAACAGAAAACGAGAAUCUACCACGAGACCAACGUUCAAACGGCCUUGACGAUGAGCGAUAUCGAAAAAGCGCUCAGUGGGACGCUUAUCGCUCCCAAGGAUCCCGCCGUCAAGGACAUUUGUGUGAAAAGUGUUCAGGUUAAUAUGACGGCCGGCGAUAUUGAGAAAAUGAAAGAACAACUGAAAAGCCUUGCGGAACAAUGCCAGGCGUUACGUAAUGAUCACAAAGCGCAGACUGAGAAAUUAAAAGAGACUGAGGAAAGGUUAAGGGAGGAGAAGGUGGAAAAAGAAGGAUUGCGGGAAGAAUUGACAAACAAUUCGCAAAGGGUCUUGGCCAUACUGGGACAGGCGGAGAGUGGAGAAUGUGAUGAUGCCAAUUCCUCCAGCGACAGCCUAAUGGUGCUGGAAUCGAGGUUUAGCAAUGUGAGCCAAGUGGUGAUCCGCCAGGAGGAAGAGAUCGCCCGACUGAACAGUUACUGCAGAUCUUUACACAUAGACUUAGAUAAGAGCUUAACCGCUCAGAAAAUUUUAUUGCAACAACACCAAGACCUCGAGUCAGAAAGUAUCGAGCUUCAAGAGUUUAUGCAGGCAGAGAAAACCACAAUAUCGGAUGCCUUGAAGGAAGCGGAAAAUGAAAUUAAAAAACUUAAGCAACUGUCCGCGGAUAAAGAAGAAGAGUUGGAAAAAGAACAGGAAAACUCCAAACAGCUAACCAAGCUAUGUGAGCAAAGGCGCAUCGAGAAUCUCGGACUGUUGGCUCGAAUCGGGAGCAUCGAGACAAAAAGUAGGGAGUUACUGGUCCACCAGGGAAGUUCCGUGUCUGGAGCGGCUGUAGCUCUUUCCUCCUUGAUCGAGAGGCUCAAUGGUUUAGCGGAGGAACUUGUUAUAGCUUACAGUAUAUCGGAUCAAGAACUAGAGGACGUCAUCUAUCACAAUGAAGCCUACAACAACAGCGGCAGUAGUCUUGAGUCGACUCCCGAGAAAGCUCGUCUGUUCAUAGAACAAAAAAAUUCUCCUAACGGUAAAGGAUCGUCGUUUGUUUCUGCUGUGAUAAAUGCCAUAAGAAACGCGGCGAUUGGUCGAGACGUGAGAAGAGAAAACACCUGCACCGACAAGAGUACUUCUAAUGAAAUGCUCGAUUUAGAAACCGAGCCGUGUCUCAUGAUGGAACACGUACUCGAGGACGUUGUGGUACCAGAUGGUCACUCGCAUAACAUGAUUUCGUCGGGUCAUGGAAGUAUGUUAAGCUCCAGAAUAUCGAACAGCGAAAGUUUGAGGGACGUUUCGCAAGCCAUAUUUAACCGUCAAUAUUCGGAGCCCAACAGUUUAAGUUACUCGGGAAGUCUGAACACCUCGUUUACCAGCGACGUGCAUUCUUUGAGUGAAAAAUUCCCCUCGUUCCCGCUCGUGGACCAAGUUAUAGAAGUCGAUAACGUUAUAACUAGGCUGCUCAAAGUGAUACGGAUAAUUCAGUUGGAAAAUGACGAUUGCAUGAACGAACUGCAAGAUCAGAGGGACAACUUGGCGGAACAAAUAGACAAACAUAGAGAGACGAACAAAAUAGUGGUGAAGCAGCUUAAGGACUGGGAGAUUUUAGGUGCCCGAUUAAAGACCGAGAUUAAAGAACUGAUGAAUCAGUUGACCAAGAAGAAUAACGAAAUAGACAACGUCAAAACGGAGUUGAACAAUCAGAGGGAACAGGUCGAGAAAUUGAAUCAAGACGUUUGCGAGCUUUCAACGGCUUUGGCUAAAGCUGAACUUGAAAUGAAGUUAAAGGAGGACGAGGUCGAGAAAGAGAUGCAGAGGUGGAGCGAAACUGGGGAAACGCCUUCUGCUCAAGUUCUUGGAAGGCUUUUUCUUUUGCAAAAGGAGAUACCCGUUCUGAAAGAAAAGUUAGCUCAAAAGGAAAAGUGCUUGAAUGAACUGGGUCACGAGUUUUCGGCGAGCAAGCAAGUGUUGUCUGAAAACCUGAAGGACGCCGUUAUUGAAAACAAGAGACAGUACGAAGCAAUCGACAAGGCAUUAGAGGUAUUUCAAAGCAUACAAUCGGUGGUCCAACAGUGCCCGCCCCUAAGCAAACUGCAACGCGACUUGGAAGAAGUGAGUUUCGUCACUGCAUCGUCUAUGCCACUGGCGACUCCACCAGACUGCAAUGCGAACGCUGCGCUCCUGCAGACCGUCUCCGGUAUUGAAAUCGCUCCCACAAUUAAUACCACUGCCUAAUAUUAUCGAUUAAACGAAUUACAAAUUUAAUAAAUGACCGAAUUCGCAUGUGUGUGUAAGUAAGUCACGCGUAUGGUAAGUAUAUGUAGCACUAGCUACGGACAGUGUUUUGUUGAAGUGGUUGUUAAAGUGAUUAUCUGGUUGUCAAGAACAUCGAGUUGUUAUUUAUUUCAUGUAGAAUUACAUUUAAAGCUAAAGUGGUUCUAUUAACACUGAAUUUUUGUUCAUAGUUGGAGUGGGAUUGUUUUCUACGGAAAUAUGAUCGGGCAACAAUAAUUUACCAUGGUACUGUUGUUAAAUAUUAUUUUAAGUAUUUAGUGGUUUAUACAUUGUGUAAAAGAUAAAGGUAAAAACCGGUUAAACUAAAGAAAAGUUGCGCAAUUUUAUAUCGAACCACAUGCUACAAAAAGUUAAAAAAAUGCUACAAUUCUAUUUCUUCAAUCGGUGUUGUCAAAAUUCUUGUAUUCCGGCUUUUUGUUUCUGAAUGACCAUCACCAAGGGUAUUUUUUUUAUUCUCAUUAUUACGCUUUUUUCAAAAAUAUGCGAAAAAUAAAAAAGAAAAAUGCACAGUUGCAAAAAAUUACUAAAAAUCGUAAUUUUUUGACAGACAUUGAGCUUUUUUCUAACUGUUCAAAUGUCAAAAGUCAUUAAGUUAACUGCCUGAUCACUAUACCGAAGGAGGGAACUAGAACAAAUUUUCUAUUUCUUACAAAGAUUAUGUUCUUCCUUCAUUCUUCACCUACUAAAUCCAUCAUACUUGACUACCCUUAUUUUAGAAUGGGGAAAAUUGACUUUUUAGACGAAAGCAAUCCCACUUUUUUUUCAGAAAACUAUGAAAGUUUGCUAAUUUCGUUUUUUGAUUGCUUAGCACAGUAGUAAGUACAAAACGUGUUUAAAAUCAAAUUUGUAAAAAUCAAAAUUCUGUUCUUUUCAUGAUAAGAAAAAAAAGUUAUAGUAUUUUUAGCCUUGUAGGUUAAGCAUGAUUUUAGCAUUACUUUAUCUUGCGUCCAGUUAUCGAAAAGUUGUGAAUUUGUCUAACAAUAAUAAUCGAUGUAGCGAGAUGAUGUCUUUUAUAAUUUACUCGUAAUUCGGAUGCCGUGCUUUCCAUAAAAGCACAUACAUAUUUUGAGAAUGUAUUAAAAUGCCAUUUACAUGUAAAUAAAUUUUAUCUGGUUAAUUGUCUUUUUCUUCA